GAGACAAGUAACUUGUCUCAUUUUAGCCACGUCGUACCUAUGAUAUCGCAAUGCUCUGUGCAAUCUGUACAGCAUUAAUCAAAUGUAUCCCCCUUUUUAGUUAUUGUCCAGCUCCAGAUUAUGAAAACAAUACUCGCCAUCAAUCGCUGCACGAAUUGAAAAAUUCGGUUCUAGAAGGCUGUGUCGUCUGCAAACGAAUUUUAGUGCACAUCGGACGCCAGUACGAGGAUGGCGAAACAUGGCUCGAGAACGCUCUAUUAACUGUUGAUCAUAACGCCAGAUUGAUCGGGUAUAAAGCGUACCAUUAUGGUGACUCCUGUAGUGUGCGAUACUCGUUGCCCUAUGACGCACAGGGAGGUGUCUUUGCAAACAUCAAAAUGCCCCAACUCGUAUUCUCUUCACCACAAAUCGAUCCUACUAUACCUAGCAUCACGCCUCAGAGCACUUCAACAGCUGAUGCGAUAGAUCUGUGGCGUUACUGGUUUCGCACCUGUUCUGAGUCCCACCCUGUUUGCCGUGAGAAGGAAUUAGGACUGCAACAUUUUCUCCCAUCCAGAUUAAUUGAGAUACUUGAUACUGGCGAUACGCUCCACUGGAGGCUAGUGUCUGGCUUAGAUAUCAACACUACGAGAUACGUAACUCUGAGCCACUGCUGGGGAGAGUCUGAGCAUAUAAAACUCAUCAAGGACAAAGUCGCGCCGUUUCGAGAGAAGCAACCGGAGUCUAUCCUCCCCCAAACCUACCGUGAUGCUAUAAGGGUUGCAUUGUCGUUGGGAGUCCCAUAUAUCUGGAUAGAUUCUAUAUGCAUCAUUCAAGAUGAUCCCGAUGACUGGAAAAAUCAAGCUUCGUUAAUGGGACAGAUUUAUCAUAAUGCCUGCUGUAAUAUCGCGGCCUCGUGGGGUACUGAUGGCACUGAUGGGUGUUUUAAUCCUGAACGAUCAUGUCUGAAGUCUGAUGUUAGUACAAGGAUCAAGAUGGAUGGAGAUCAUGGACCAGAAGAAUAUCUGGUAACUGAUGAAGAUAUAUAUAAAUCUGAGGUUAUAGAGGCACCCCUUAAUAGGCGGGGCUGGGUGAUCCAAGAGCGGUAUCUAGCGAGGAAACAGCUGAGCUUCGCCAAAAGCCAAGUUUACUGGGAAUGUCUAGAGCUCAGCGCUUCGGAAGACUUCCCUAAAGGUAUUCCAAAACAGAUGCAGGAUCCAUACCAAGAGUCGAUGGCUUCGGCAAAACCGAGCUUGAAUCCUGUGGGAAGAAGCCAACUUCGUUUUAUCUGGUCUAAAGUGGUCGAAUCAUACUCUAUGUGUGACCUUACAAAGCCAUCAGACAAGACAGUGGCUCUUGCUGGGCUGGCCAGUGAGAUGAAGGCUGCUACUGGUUACACGUACCUCGCUGGACUAUGGGAGGAAGACAUCGAAAAGCAAUUGCUUUGGGAAAGCCGCGAACCGAGCCAGCAUUUUCCACUCAAACACUCGCCCUAUAUUGCUCCGACUUGGUCUUGGAUGAGCUUAGAUGGACCUGUACGAUAUGAUACUAAGUAUGGUUAUCAGCAUAUUCAGGAAUAUACUCGGAGUCGGUAUGGCCCCUCGUGCCCUCCUCUAAUCAGAAUUUUGAAGGCAUCUAUCGAAGCUGGUAGUUCUGAUAAUAUGCAUAGCUUUGUAUCAGGUACGUUGGAGCUACGUGGAAUUGCGAUACGGGCUGUCGCUACACGAAUAAUGGACUUUAGGAGUCCAGGCUCAAUGUACAGGCUGGAAAUUGUUAAUCACGCGAAAGUUAUAAACGAUACUUGGACGAGACCUAUCAUUGUUGUUAUUUGGUGGGACGAGAACGUGGCCUCUAAGCUGUAUGACCCAGAGGGAUGGUAUAGACUGAAGAAAGAACGGGCUCAGUCUUUACUAUUUAUGUUUGUGUUGGAUGGUGAUAGAUCUCAUUGGAAGGAAGGUUUGGUUUUGGAAAGAUUACGUGGACAGGAGGAAAAAUACCGCAGAUUAGGCGUAUUUGGUACCCAGCAUCUUGCUUCAGGAAAGUUUGACCUCGGCUACGUAAUUAGAAGGAAACUAGGACUGGAACCCAUCAUGAACCAUACUUAUGGGUGGACACCUAUUGCACAGAAAGAUUUCAACCUUGAGGAUGAAAGGUUGAAGGAUCUGGUAUACACUGUUACUAUCGUUUGAUGUCGAUUACAAGACAAGGUGCGCUGCAAGUUUGAAGCUCCUAGGCUAUUAUGCGUCU